GCGUCUCUGUGAAGUCACACAGCGCAGAGCAGCGCGUGCCUCCUCAGCUCACCGCUCGGCGGAAAACUGCUUUUUACUCAAACAUUUUAAUCUUCAAAUGGAAAACAAAUAAAGCGAAGCCUUAUUUUUUUGCGGGGAAUUUUUUCUUCUGGAUUUAUUGUCUGAAUCGCCAGAGAAUGUCGGCAAAGCUGAAAAUCAGGAGGAACAACAGAGAACGUUGGAGGGUGUACAAGCGGGUGAGCGUCAUGUUCUUCCUGGCUGUGGUGGCGCUAACUGUUGUCCAGAGAGGUAGCAUCAGUGUGAGGGCUCCGUUUCAAAUCGAGAGGUGGAGUCUGAUGGAUGCCUCUGGGGGAUUGGAGCCUGUAGUCAUCCUCCAAGAGGAAAAGGACUCCAACUUGGGGCUACUGGGCUUCUGGAAGAUCAGAAAUCAGCAGCCAGAGCCCAAGACCACCACAGAGAGGAUCAGCAUUACAGAGGAACACAGCUCCACCAUGUGGGACGUCAUCAGUUCCAACUGCAGCGCCAACCUCAACUACUCAGGCCAAGGGUGGUUCGAGAGCCUGCAGGAUAGUUUUAAGCAGUUGUUGCUUUAUCGUCACUGCCGUUACUUUCCCAUGCUUAUCAACCACCCAGAGAAAUGUACAGGGGACACAUAUCUGCUCAUGGUUAUUAAAUCAGUAGCCACCCAGCACGACCGACGAGAGGUCAUCCGAAAAACCUGGGGCAAAGAGCAAGUGGUGAACGGCAAGAAGAUAAAGACACUCUUCCUCCUUGGCAAAUCUUCCAAUGAGGCAGAGAGGGAAAACCAUCAGAAACUGCUGGAGUUUGAAGACUACAUCUUUGGGGAUAUUCUCCAGUGGGACUUCUUGGAUAGCUUUUUCAAUCUCACACUCAAGGAGACCCACUUCCUCAAGUGGUUCAACACGUACUGCCCUGGCGUGCGCUACAUCUUCAAGGGGGAUGAUGAUGUCUUCGUCAGUGUGGACAACAUCCUUGAGUUCCUACAAAGCAGCAAAGAUACAAAGAAUCUGUUCGUGGGAGACGUCAUUUUGAAUGCUAAACCCAUUCGUAAAAAGGACAGUAAAUACUACGUCCCCCUGGUGCUGUACAAUAAAACACACUACCCUCCUUAUGCCGGUGGAGGCGGCUUUCUCAUGGACGGGAUCAUCGCAAGGAAGCUCCAUGGUGUCGCAGACACCUUAGAGCUCUAUCCCAUUGAUGAUGUCUUCUUGGGUAUGUGCCUGGAGGUUCUUCAGGUUACCCCAAUAAAACACACUGCCUUUAAAACUUUUGGCAUAGUGAAAAAUAAGAAGAGUAAGUUGAACAGAGAACCGUGUUUCUUUAAGAGCAUGAUUGUUGUGCACAAGCUGCUUCCAUCGGAGCUCAAACACAUGUGGAAUCUGCUCAACAGUGACCUAGUAUGCGUGCAGAAAAUGGAGAUUUCAUAGCUUGGAUGAUCAUAGUAAAGUACAGCAUGAACUAUCACCUGGACUGCAGGAACUAUAAUCUCCUUUGUGUGGAGAAGGACCAUAUUUGAAUAUAUGGUUUCCUUUGUGGAGAAAUAUCCACAAGUCAUAAAUUAUACAUAGGGGUGACUUUAAAUUAAUGUGUAUUUAUAUUAACAUUUUGAAGGACUCAGCUCAAAGGCGCUACUA